AUUAUUAUCAUUAUUAUUAUUAACUGUAGAAAAUGUACCAAAUCUUGUUCGACUUUUUUUCUUUUUUUAUAGCACUCAACAUUCACCAAGCAUGUAUCAGUGUAUGUACACCAAUAAAACACAUUACAGAUGGGUAAAGGGCAACAGCACAGGUAAUCUAGGUAUUUGCUGUUAUCAUGACUUUGGAGCCAUUAACUUCCUGUUAAUCUCAUUCUGUUUAAAUUGUCAAACCGCGCACUUGCAACAUUCGUCCUAAUCCUCAGUGGCCAGGUGUGAAUGGACCUAAACAGCUUCCUGACAAAAAGACAGAUUUUCUGUUUCCCUUGCUGUCAGUCAGUCUGGUAAAUGGUGUUUCUUCCUCUGACUCAGGAUAUGUUUUAUUCCAAAGUUCAGACGAUGAACUGCCAAAAGCUAUAAAUGUUAAUGAUAAACAGAUUCUAUCUUAUGUGUCCUGUGAUCAGUGAUGCAGUCCUUGGAUAACUGUCACCAUACUAUACCUUCUGAAUUCUUGCCAGCAUGUUAAUAGCUCGGCCUUCGUCAACUUCAGUCAGCCCCACAGUGUUGUGCAUACACUUGUGUUCUGACACCGCUUGCUUGAGAAUGCAAAAAACGGAGCCAGUUCUGAGCUAUACAACAGGGUUCAUUUGUGUUGAAUGAUCAAAAUUUUGUCCCACCACUGGCACUAAAACUAUUGAACUAUAAUCAAAGACUACUCUCAGAACAUGCCUGAGAGUAGUUACACUCACAUUUACUUACAUUUACAUACAUUUUUUUAAAAGUAGCAAAUAUAAAACGGUUUGAGGCAAAUGUUGCUGUAAACUAACAAUAUCUAAAUCACCACAACCCCAGGUAUUUAAGCUGAUCCACCUUCUAUCUCCCUAUCAUUCAAACAUAUAUGUAUUCUUUCUUGCUUCGACUGAUUUUAAUUCCUGUUCUCUUCGGUACUUCCAUCUCUUUGGGCUUUUUCAUCCAUUACUCCUGUCCUCGUCUGCGACACUCACACAGAGAACAUAUGGGCUUUAAAUACUCACCCAGACGCUGAGGGCUAAUCAGGGGAAUCAGCUAGGAAACAAGACCGGUGAAAUGAAUGAAUACAAUCACAGACAGGAACUAAACUAAACUAAAGAGACAAAAACUAAUCAAUUAAAAGAGGAAGUAAUGAACAGAGAAACUUGACACAGGAGAACACACGGGAAAGCUUUUUACCUCUAUUCCCAAGGCUAAAGUCACAGUUUUGGUAAAAUUAUUAACUUUCAGAAAUACAUCUACUGUAAUGAAAUGUAUUCCCAAUUGCUGUGUAAGCCAUUAUUAUAAAUGUGAAAUAUUUAUACAUUAAUUAAAAACAGACACAUCUAGUUCAUUUCAUUAAUUACCAACAUUCUGCUAAUAGCAAUGUAAAAUACAGGAGCAAGUAAUACACUAACAAAAUUAUUUUUAGAGCACAUUUUAAGGGCUGGGUACAAUGACCUGCGUUUUAAUCAGGAUUUUGAAUCAGGAAGGUCAUCCAGGUCUUUGUAUGUUUAAGAUAGUCCAGCAGUUCAGGAUCACAGACCAUGGAUAGAUUACGCUGGGUAUUAUCUGUACGGCAUUAAAAAUAUAUGCUGUGCCUUCUAAUGAUACUGCCAAAGGGAAGCCCCAUGUCAUGGCUGUGUGAAGGUAGGCAGGAAUGGUGGACCCAAGAGCUGGACUUGCAAAGGCAAAGUGAACUCAAAACAUACGGCUUUAUUGUGGGAUUGCAGACAGAACAGAAAAAAACUGGGAAAGCAAAACUAACAGGCGGCAAGUUGGCAAACAGAACACACAGUGAAGAAUGAGAGAUGAUGCGAUGGGGAGAAGGGAAAUACGCAGACACUAAAUACAAGAGGUGAACAGGACUGAAAGGAAACAGCUGGGAGACACGGCUGACACUGAUUACACUGACAAGACACGGUACAGACGGAACACAGAGAGAACACAUGGGCGGGCACUAAACAGAGGGAGCACAGUAGCAGAACCCUAAGAAGUCUAAACACAACAUCAGAAUAAACUGGAAGACAAGAUCAUCAUCAUCAUCAUCAUCAUAAUAAUAAUUAAAAAAACUCAAAACACUGGGUCAAGUGACCCAGGUCCAUGACACCCCACUUCCAGAAAAGUUGGGGCACUUUCUAAAACUGCAAUAAAAGCUAAAUUUGGUAAUUACCUUGAACCAUUAUUUAACAAGCAAAGGACAACAAAAAGGUUAGAGUAUUUUCUACAACAAACUUAAACAUAAAUACAUUUAAACAUUGAUGCCAGCAACACACUCCAAAAAAAAAGAAUAAAAAAUAAAAAAUAAAUAAAUGAGACAGAGGCAGAUAAGCCUGUAAAUGUAGUAACAAGUAACCAGAGUUAGUAAAAGUGCUGAUUUUCUUUACGUAAGUAGAAGUACAGAUAACUUUGUUUAAAAAUACUCCAGUCAAAGUACUGAAGCAACUUUUUUUACUCAAGUAAAAGUAAAAAGUGUGAGCUUCAGUAGAUUUUCUGUUUAGACUGCUCCUUGUGGAAUUACACAACUGAACUGAACAAGACAUCAGCAGUUUCACAAGCUAUCAUGGCUGAUAUCUAUCCCCUACACUGAAACAAUACACUAUAUACUUAUACUGUCUUUAUACCAGUAUAUAUUAAAAUUCAGUUAAUUAAUCCAAACAUCAUCAUCUUAAAUGCAAAUUCAUCUCUGUUAUACUUGAUGUAAACCUUAAUCUGACCAUGAGCACCACAGACACUCUGAAUUCACCACAUUAAUGCAGACCAACCUGUUUAUCCUGCACAAAACUACACAAAGUCAGUCUACUCAGUUUAUUUGGUAUAAAUCAAAAUACAUAAUUUAUCAAAUCACAUCAUAUACAAAUCCAAUAUGUGAGUAAAAUGAUGAUAUCACAUGUAAGCUUUAAUUUGCAGUUUAUCAAGUGUUACUGAGCAGUCCUUCCCUUUAAAUGUAAGCUCUCUUCUUCCUCUUCUGCCCUUUCUUAUAUUUCUGUAGUACCACAAACAGAACAGGACACCUGCGCUCCCUCCGUCCCACUUUAACACCCCCAAGUAUAACAGAUGAUACCACUGAACCUAAAGUAAGGAGUCUGUUUUAAAAGUGUAGAAUGUACAGGUAUUUGUUUAAAAAUGUAGGGAGCAAAAAUAUAAAUACUCAAAUAAAGUACAGAUAUCUGAAAAUUCUACUUAAGAACAGUAACAAAGUAAUGGUACUCAUUCCCACUUCUGCAUCUACUAAUCGUCUCAAUUAGCAGGUUAAGAGAUAACUCAUGUGCAUGUCAAGCUUUGGUAUAAAGGAAGCACCCACCAAAGGUUCAGUCUUUGCAAGCAGAGAGGAAAGAGGAAGCGAAUAUCAAUUUCGUGCAGAAAUGCUAACAAGUUUUUUCAGCUUAAGAUCACCUGACAUGGAACGCAAGACUAUGGAAAUGUGUUCUGUGGUAAGAUGAGUGCACAUUUCAGCUUGUUUUGGGGGAAACUGGACCUCAUAUACAUUGCAAAGACGAGAAAAAACCCCUGAUCCAGAUUGUUACCAAAGAAAGGUGCAAAAACAAACCUUUGUGAUAAAUGGGCGUGCAUCAGUGUCCAUGUGAUGGGGGAUUUGUGAAGGCACCAUUGAUGCAGAGGCUUACACAAGAACUUUGGAGGAACAUAUGCUCUUUUCCUAGCAACUCCAUGUGUAUUUCAACAGGCCUCAUUAUGCACAAAUUACAACAGGCUGGCUUCACAGACAUAAAGUCUGUAAAAAAAACAGGGGAUAUGACCCAAUGGUAAACUUGCAUGUCCCAACCUUUUUGGAAUGUGUUGCAGGCAUUAGUGUUUAAAUGUGUUUCUUGAAAUAUUUUGUUUACCCCUUUGCCCGUUAACUAAAUGUUUAAAUGCCGUACCAAAUCGCAGAUUUUAGUGUUUAUUGCAGUUUUAGAAAUAGUCCCAAGUUUUCUGGAAAUGGGUUUUGUAUAAUAUAAAUAGAAUCAGUGUCAUAUACAGGACCUUUGGCCAUGUUGCUUUAACGACCACACAAACAUUAGGUUUGUAAUUGACUGUACUGGAAAAUGACCAAAACCCAGUCAAUUAGAGACGAGCUGUGAGUCAAGCCAAGUAAGUACCAAUGAAAAAGGGACAUUAGUGUUAAAAAACAAAAAAACCAAAAGAUCUCAGGAUAUGACUUUAAUAUGCAUAUUUAAUAAUUUGUAAGACUGCUUUUCUUGCAUUUACGCAAUCUCUAAAAUGAGAAAUAUCCUAUCUCAGAGCGAUGCUGAUAAAACCCCAAUGAACUGGCAGCAGGCCGUGGGCAUACAAGAUUACCCAUGCCUGCCCACGGCCUCUUACUGAGUGCAGCUCCAGACUGAAACAAUCCAGUUCCUCUCUAGGAGACUCGUUCCAGAGCCCAAGCCAUGCUUAGAAGUGGACACCUCAUGCAACAGGUCAGGCUCCUUCCACAUCAGAGAGGUAACAUUCCAUCUCAAUUCCAUCUUAAUAUUUUCUGAGCUGCAGGCAGAGUUCAGAAGUCUGAACCUUAGACUGAAACAGACCUAUGCUGUGGGCAAAGCUAUAGGAUUUACAAGAGGAAGGUGAAUAAAGCUCUGACUCUUACAUCACCCAACUGCGCCAAAGCAGGAAACAGGAAGUUCUUCAUCCUUGGAAAAGAGAGACGCACAGACGAUCAGACUGAGUUCAGAGCAAACUAGCAGCUUCCUCUGAGUGAGUCCAGCUAAAGGAGAGAAAAGUGGAAAACUCCAACACUGCUGCUUCAAGCUGCUGACGCUCCACACACUGAAUCUUCACUCACAGACUCAAUGGCUUCCAGAUCAGAGGAGGAUCUCUGCUGUCCGGUCUGUCAGGAGGUCUUCAGAGAUCCUGUUAUUCUGUCAUGUAGCCACAGCUUCUGUAAAGACUGUCUGAAGAGAUGGUGGAAAGAGAGACCAACACACGAGUGUCCAGUUUGUAAGAGAAGAUCUUCCAAGGAUCCACCUCCUAACCUGGCUUUAAAGAACCUGUGUGAGUCGUUCUUACAAGAGAGAGAUCAGAGAGCUUCAGAGGCUCUCUGCAGUCUGCACUCUGAGAAACUCAAACUCUUCUGUCUGGACCAUCAGCAGCCAGUGUGUGUCGUCUGCAGAGACUCAGAAAAACACACCAAUCACAGAUUCAGACUCAUCGAUGAAGCUGCACAACAACACAAGAAGGAACUUCAGGAAACUCUGGAGCCCUUAAAGAAGAAGUUAAAGGUUUGUGAAGAAAUUCAAGUGAAGUUUGAUCAAACAGCAGAACACAUUAAGGUCCAGGCCCGACACACAGAGAGGCAGAUUAAGGAGCAGUUUAAGAAGCUUCACCAGUUUCUAGCAGAGGAAGAGGAGGCCAGGCUGGCUGCACUGAGGGAGGAAGAGGAGCAGAAGAGUGGGAUGAUGAAGGAGAAGAUGGAGGCUCUGAGCAGAGAGAUAGCAGCUCUUUCAGACACAGUCAGAGCCACAGAGGAGGAGCUGAGAGCUGAAGACGUCUCAUUCCUGCACAACUACAAGGCUGCAGUGGAAAGAGUCCAGCGCUGCCCCCUGCUGGAUGAUCCACAGCUGCCCUCAGGAGCUCUGAUAGACCAGGCCAAACACCUGGGCAACCUGAUCUUCAACAUCUGGAACAACAUGAAGGACAUGGUCUCCUACACUCCUCUCAUCCUGGACCCAAACACUGCUCAUCCAAACCUCAUCCUGUCUCAAGAUCUGACCAGUGUGAGACGAGGAGGAGAGAGGCAGCAGCUUCCCGAUAAUCCAGAGAGGAUUCAUUUGUUCUACUCUGUCCUGGGCUCUGAGGGCUUUAACUCAGGGACUCACAGCUGGGAUGUUGAUGUUGGAGACAGUACAUGGUGGAGACUGGGUGUGUUAGCAGAGUCUGUGCAGAGGAAGGGAGACAUAGAGUCUGGAUUAUGGAGAUUAGGCUUCAGUUCAGAUAAAUAUUCAGCACAUUCACCAUCUGCUCCAGAAACUGAUCUUGUAAUACAGAAGACGUUCCAGAGGAUCAGAGUGAAUCUGGACUGGAACAGAGGAAAGCUGUCGUUCUCUGAUCCUGAUACUAACACACACAUACACACCUUCACACACACUUUUACUGAGAAGAUGUUUCCAUAUAUUCACCCUAUGGAUGACAUGAAGAUAUCACCAGUGAAGGUGUCAGUGUCAGUGGAGCAGACCAAUUCAGGAUGAUUAUAUUCUUAAUGCUGUCUGCUCUCACUAAACCUACUAAAAUGUAGUUAUACUGUAGUUUUAUGUAAUGAAAAAAAUCAUCAACGUUACUUUUUCAGUUAAAUUAAGAGAAAGAAGGCAAUUUCUACAAUUUUACAUUUCAGUGAAGUGCAACAGUUCAUAUAAUAUUUAACAUGCAGUUCGUAUAUACUACAUGAUAUACUCUAUGCUAUACAACAUUUAAAAGAACUAUGAGAUAAUCUGCUUUUAAAUUCCAGAAGAGCAGAUGUAACAUUUAAAUGUUGGGCCUUUAAAAGGCCCACAAGAUUCAGCAUCUGUGUCAUUCACCCUGGACUGGAGAUACUUUUAAACAUCUCCAGUUGUGUCUUUCUUUGUAAAGUACAUUAACAUACUUCACUUACCAGACAAACUCUAGUUCAAACAACACUGACAAACUGGCAUCAGCACAGACGUUUAUAAUGUGCUGUGAGUUGACUUUAGAAGCUAGAUGCAUGGAAACAAGAUGAGAAAACUGGAAACUCAGCACAGGAUGUGGAAUCAGGUCAUGCUGUAACUCACACUGUGAGAACUUGAACUAUCAAACUAUAUUUGACUGUAAUUAAAAAACAUAUUCUGCAUUUACUACUACAUUGCAUUACUACAUUAAUGAAUGUGUCUUUCAAAUGCCACAUAGCUAAUAGCAUAAAAACUCAAGUGCUGUGAUCUGGGUGAGACAACUUAUGUCAAACCUUCCUAGUGAUGGGUAGAUGAGGCCUUGUGAAGCGUUUCAGCACAUUUCACAAACUGUAUCGAUACUGUGUCGACACAGUGUUGCUGGUUUGCUCCAUACUGUCACCUGCUGGAACUUAAAUAUCAUUGAAGGCAACUUACUUGAGACUCACAACAGACACUGAUUCAAUGACCUUGUCAUACUUGUACACACUGUAAGGUAUUGUACUCUCCAUGGAAUCAUUUUAUAUCUUUUACAUUGCAAAUAUU